AUGAAAAACACUACAGAAGAGCUCCAGUGUCUGCAGCAGCUUUGUCUCGACUGAUGGAGCUUAGAUUCGCUACAGGUUGACUACACAUUUAAAAUGGACCUGUUCAACUCCGCUCUUGGCAUAAAUAUCUCCUUCAUCCGACCUGCAUAUUUUAUAAUAAGUGGAUUUAUUGGCAUUCCUUAUAUGAAGUACUACUAUGUUUUUCUCUGUUUUGUCUAUAUUGCUUCAGUCCUUGGAAACACAGUAGUAAUGGUUCUGAUCUACUUGGAUCAUAACCUCAGAACUCCUAAAUAUGUAGCAGUUUUUAACCUUGCAUUUGUGGACCUGUUGGGUAACACAGUUCAGGUGCCGAAGGUGCUCGACAUCUUUUUGUUUAAUCACUUUAACAUCUCCUAUAAUGACUGCUUGACAUUCCUGUUUUUCUGCUUUACUUGCCUUUCAAUGCAGGCUCUUAACCUGGUUGCUCUCUCCUACGACCGGGUGGUGGCUAUCAUGUUUCCUCUGCACUAUCAGACAAAGGUUACCCACAGAUUUAUGUUUAGUUUGAUCGCCUUUUUCUGGCUGUUUGCUAUAAUAGCUCUUCUGGUUGCUGUUGGUCUUCUCACCAGACUCUCCUUCUGUGAUUCAGUUGUAAUUAACAGCUAUUUCUGUGAUCAUGGUCAAUUAUACAAACUUGCGUGCAACAACACUUUUCCCAAUUCUGUCAUCGGUUUCUUGUUGCCAUUUCUCAUUCUUUGGCUUCCUCUGUUUGUGAUCUUGUCCAGUUACAUUUGUAUUGGCUAUGCUUUAGUUAAAGUAGUGACAGUUAAUGAACGAAUGAAGGCCUUCAAAACCUGCACAGCUCAUCUUUCAUUAGUGGCGAUCUAUUUUAUCCCUAUAUUAAUCACAUUUACCAUGAGUGCAAGAAUACAUCCUAAUGCCAGAAUAAUCAACUUGUCUCUGACUUCAGUGUUUCCACCCAUGUUAAACCCAAUUAUUUAUGUUUUGCAAACACACGAAAUCAAAAGUUCAUUGAAGAAAAAUUUUAAAUUCAUCAGGCGAUCCAGAAUUUUAGUUAAAAGAGAUCGGACAUAGUCCAAAAAUCAAUUUUGUUUUUACAUUUAUUUUGAUUGUACUUAUUGCAGGUUUCUUAGAGAACUGAAAUUUUAAUGCCAAAUUGCACGAUCAAAUUAGCAUCUAUAAGCACCAACAAGAGACAAUUAAGAGGAAAGAUUUGGUGUUGAAUUAACUUUAUUAGUAAUAUUGUGUGCUUACGUGCUUGAAUUGAGAAGUUAUGUUUUAAAAUCUAGUGAGAUGAUGAAAAAUAAAUGUUGUGGGCUCAUAUUUCCUCAACGAUUAUUUCAAUACAUUAUAUCAGAAAUGUGUGACCUUUACUGGCUUAUUUAAGCUAUGGUGAAGUAAGAUUUUAUUUUGUAUUUUUUACAUCAACUACACAUUUUUUAAAAUGUUGUUUUUAUUUAACUUGCUUUGAUUAGGCCAGCUAGGAUUCGAGUAAAUAGGCCCACAGAGAAAGCAGAUUAUGGUUCUGCCCCUUUCUGUAUUAUAUUUGAUCAAAUCCAAUAUUUCCUGAAUAAAAACAUAUUUUCUUACAGUGUGUGAAGUGACUAUUAUAUUGUCUUGAGUUAUUGUAUAAGAAAUGUUCUAUGUUUUAUGUUUCAUAGCUGGAAAUGUUGUGGAUUUAGUUGAUGCUUUUUGGUGGAAUAACCAAAAUGAUUCAUUUUUAAAAAGAGGCAGAAGGGUGAAGUUAAGAAAAAAAGCCUAAUUAGUUUAAUUAAACUAAAAAUCCUGUUGAUUCUGUAAAAUAAAUAAAGAGGAACAUAAAACUGUACUGAGUCAAACUACAAAAGCACAACUGUUUUCUGAUGCUUGUGCAGGGACUGGUAUUAAAACAAUAAAAAGGCAUCAUA